CAGCGUGGUCUGGACAAAUCGCCCAAGCUCUUGGGGCAAACACGUAGCCUCCUCCUAUAAAGAUGGGAAGUGACAACAGAGACAAAGUAGAUUUCUUGUCCAAGUCAUCGUUACCUCUUCAAAUUUUGAUCUUCUUCAACGGUUGCUACUCGACCUUAUUCUUCCUGGUGACACUAGCACUGCUGAUCUGGAAAGGAGUGGAGUUUCCAUACCCUGCUGGGAGACUUCCAUGGGAGAUCAUUCUUUUGUUUGUCUACAUAGUGGUUGAGGCAUGUAGACUUUUCAUAGGGUCAAAGGGGAACAAGACUGAGAAUUGGCCAAUGAUACUCAUGCUCAUUAUCUUGUCCUGCUUCAGCGCGCUGGCAAAUGUAUUCUACAUCAAUUUUCAAACCUAUGUUCUUCGCUUGGACUUGAUCUUCAACUCCAUCUCAUUCGCUUUCGUGGGAUUGGAGAUCAUAUUUGGAAUAUUUUCUAUUGUGCGAUUCGCAAAGUAGCUGGGCUCUGAGUGACAAUAUGCUGUAUGUAGAAAGAAUUGAAAUAAAUGUGCGACUUGUUUUC